GUUUGCUGGAUGGUCAACUCUAUGGCUCUAGCUGUCCUGUUAGCCUCUUCGGGAGAGAAUGUCGAAAAAGAAAAUAAGAAAACUGUCAGACGGUGUUGCCACAAUUUGAAUAAACUCGCAGCAUCUCUGGAAACUGAAAAUCAUGCCAGAAUGAUUGCACAAAUCAACAUCCUGCUGGAUCUGAUAGUUUUGAGAAAACCGCUGGUCAGCGCUUCUGGAUUCUUCGAUAUCAACUUUAGGGUACUAGGUUUUAUAUUAUCCACCGUCACAACUUAUUCUAUUGUUAUUAUACAGUUUCUUUUGAACCACCCUGUAGAGAGUAAUUGAAAAUUUAUUGU